AUGAGGCUGCUCAUUCUCUUCUUGGCCAUACCAUCCGCCAUGGGGCUUUUGGAACAGUUGGCCAUGUUCAAAAAAUGGGACAUCUUGACCCAUACCGCCGGUGAAGCAUUAUUUACUCAACCAGCUUCACAAAAAUGUUUUGGAUAUGGGCUGAAUUUUGAUUCCGACCAUGACUCUUCGAGUACAAUCACAUACAAAGGAAUUCAGGGCUCCAAUAUCACAGCCAGCGUCCUCGCAUCACUAAAAAAUUAUUGCGAACGGAUAGCACCACACUACGUCAAAGGAUAUGAAGAGCUGCCGAUGAUCCUAAAAGAUCUUGAUGAUAUCAACGUCGGAGACGAUCAUCUGGUCCUCAAAAUACCUGUCAAAUCUGAGAGUGAGCUGGAUGAUUACGACUAUGAAUUGACGAAGGAAACGGCAACUCGUGUCAUUGACUUGAGAAAUGUUUUUACCGACUUGGACAACGGCCAUUAUGAGAAUUUGCUGACCACGCCGACCUUGCAAGAUAUUAUCACAAAUUUCAUUGCAAAUCACGUUUCGGACGUUGCUGUGAAGCAUGUUCCACUCGAAUAUGCCCUUGCAAAGGUUGCUACUGUUCGGCCCGCCAAGUGUGACGCAAAGAAAAAGAGCAUCAGUGUGCUGAUCUGCUUCCCAAUGCUCGACUUUUUCCAGGAUGGGCACGUUGUCGAGGUUGUGCACCGGGGCCAAUUCAUCGAAGUCGAGAAUGAGACGAUCUAUGCUCAAGUCGGGCUCCCGUCCCACGUUUUUGUCCCGAGCUCCCUAACCAGCCCGAUUCUCCCCAUCGAUGUUGCUCAAUGCACCCGCCCGUCGAGGAGCGAUUUCAUCUGCCCGACUACCGCGUUGCUGCCAAAGAAUGAGUGCUUGCCACCAUCACUGAAGAAUUGUCCGGUUAUCCUCGCUGACUCGAGGAUGCCACCAAAAGUGCGAGUGUUUGGAGAUGGAUAUGUCGUCAAAUCUUUCCACACGCAAAUCGAGCAGCAAUGUGACGGCAACACUACUUCCAUGGAAUACACCUUCCCGAUCAACCUCUGGUUCCGUCCCUUAAACCAUUGCUUCUUCAUGAUCGGGGAGGCUAUCGAAUUCCUCUCCCUCCCGGGAUCCGAUUCCUUUGAGACAAUUUUGGAGAACCUGAUGGAAUUCCGGCUGUCAUCUGAGGUGCUUGACGGUUAUUUCUAUGAGCGAUUACCUGGUGUGCAAGAAACUGAUUCUCAUUUUGAGAACGUUUGGAGGCAUCAGAGAAAGGCAUUGUUCGUCAGCGACGUCAUUGGUAACAAACUGGUUGUUAGCGAGCGUGGGCACGAUCAGAAUUUGAUUAGCGAAACCCGAACCGCCGAGAGUAAGCUGAGUCGGGAGUCACCACAGUCUGCCACUCAGCCGAUCUCCCAAAACGCUUUGAUCAUCAUGGUUGCUCUUUCAUUGCUUCUUUCGAUUAUUUCUACCUUUAUUGCGCUUUACUUUUCUUGCAAUCAUCCUCGGCACCAAAAGUUGGCCGUUCAUGCC